UAUGAUAUUACCAGUGCUGAAGUCUUCUGGGUGGUCAUGAGAAACCUCACUGUAGAGUAGGCACCUGGAACCCGUGUGGAGUGGAUAUAAAGGCAAAGAUAGACAAGUACAACCCAGUGGAACUGAAGGUAAAAGAAGAUAUCUCGCUGUUUCUCUUGGUCAAAAGAGGAUAUGGGCAUCCUAUCACAACUAGUUAAAAGUGGGUGAAACAGUGCAGAUAGAGAGACCGAGCACUGAGCUACACAACCUCUGAUAUCUGUCUGGAGUGGAGCGGAGCUGGUCUGGACAUCUGUGAUCCUGAACUCACAAUGAAGAUCCUCCUCCUCUUCAUCCUCUACCUGAUCUCAGUGAUAGAAGAGUCCACGAGUCAAGUAACAGCAAAUUCAGGAGGAGGAGUCAGAAUCAAAUGCAAAUAUGAGGAAGGAUAUGAAACAAACAAGAAAUAUUUCUGCAAGGAUGAAGAAACAACAUGCAGUUAUCAAAUAAUAACAGAAGCUAAACACACAUGGGUGCAUGAAGACAGAUUUUCUCUGUAUGAUGAUACCAAUGCUAAAGUCUUCUGGGUGGUAAUGAGAAACCUCACUGUGAAGGAUUCUGGAACCUACCAGUGUGGAGUGGAUAUAACAGACAAGGCAAAGGAAGACAUGCACACACCAGUGAAACUGAAGGUAAAGGCAGGAAUUUCAACUUUCACUAUGAUCAGUCUUGUUUCUGUGUUUCUCAUGCUGGUUCUGAAGGGAAUUUCAUACCUCAUUGGGUCUAUCAGAAAGAGAAGCAAGAAGCAAGCAUCAUCCAAACGGCAGUCCCUUCAAGACUCCUCACACAACCAGGCAGUGAGUCAUGACUGUAUGACACAUGUUCCACUUUCUGUCUGUGACUAUGAGGAGACUAAAGACACCAGAAGCCAUUCUGACACUGGAGCUUCUACAGUCUACUCUACUGUUGGUCUACCCACCAAGCCCUCUUAUCCCUCACAAACUGUUUAAGCUUUAGUUCAACCAGCAUCAUGCUCCCAUGAUAUGGACAUUUACUCCACAGCUCAAUUACCCACAACUCCAUCUGAUUACUCAGUAAGAGGCACAAUUGGCGAAAACAUCUGCUGAAGGACCCACUUAUACAGCAGUGAUGUUCCAUAAGAAAACCUGAUAGUUUUAAACAUUUCAUUACCACAGAGACCUGUAAGAAGGAGGACGACUCAUGCGACUAUGCUACUGUCAAUCAUGACUCAGGAAGUGGUUCAGUUAGAGCUGCAUGUUUUUAUUGUAAAUUUGUCUACUAAUAGGAAGUGUAUAACUUUCCCUUACUAUCUCACUCAUCUAUCUAUCUAUCUUGCGUUAUCUAAAUUAAGCUGGAGGGUGAAUGGUUUUACAUUUAUGGCAUUUAGCUGACACUUUUAUCCAAAGUGAGCUACCAGAUGCUCAACAGUCAACAGUUCAACAUUCAACAUUUACUGAUGUGAUUUAAAUUCAGUCCUUUAUUAACUAGGUACAUACAAUACAUUCCAUAUGGAUUGCAGCCUAUUUGAGGACUACAGUAGUUACCCACAACCCUCUAUGAUUUCUCACAUGCUGUUUAUGCUACUGCUCUACAACCAUCACUCUCAGGACAUUUACUGCAUUGCUCGGUUACCCACAUUUCUGUCUUGAUUGUUCAGCAGUCAGCAGGGACGUCUGCUGAAGCUGCAGCUUAUGCUACAGUGAAGUUCUAUAAGAAUGCAGAUAGAUCUAAUGAUGCUCUUACCAAGGAGACCUUCAAGAAAGAAAUCACAAUGUUUUCACCAAAAGGAUUUUUUUAAUCUAGAUUUGUGCAAUGUUGAGCUAGCAACCCUCUGUUCUGUAUGGUAUGAUCACUGAUGAUUGGGUACAUACAUGAAUUGCUCAAGUGAUGGGAGGGAUAAACUACUUUAUGUAAAUGGUUAGGUGAGAGAUGCAUGUUUAUUUUAAGU